AUGGAGAACCACGACAGGGCGAUCCUAGAGGCUUCGGCUAAACACCCGAUCGUGCCCCUCGAGAAGGGCAAGUUUUACACGUAUGGCACCGCCGGCUUCCGCAUGAAGGCCGACUUGCUCGAGGGCAUUUCGUUCCGUGUUGGCCUCCUCGCCUCUCUCCGGAGUCGCAAGCUUAACGGUCAGGCCAUCGGUGUUAUGAUCACCGCCAGCCACAACCCGGCUGCCGACAAUGGUGUCAAGAUCGUCGAUCCCCUGGGCGAGAUGCUCGAGCAGGACUGGGAGCGUUACGCUACCGCCCUAGUCAACGCCACAAGCGACGAGCAGCUCGUCGAGGUCUACAACAGACUGGCUACGGACCUCAAGAUCGACCUCAAGGCUUCCGCCAAGGUCGUCUACGGUCGGGACACGAGGGCCCUCGGGACACAAGCUGGUCACAGCCCUCGCCGGCGGUCUCGAGUCUACCAAGACCGAGUCAGCGAGCUCGGGUACUACGAGAAGCUUGCCGGGGCCUUCGUGCGCGCCAUGAAGGGCAGGAGGAUCAAUGGGGCUCUACAGGUGGACUGUGCCAACGGCGUUGGCGGUCCCAAGCUAUCCGAGUUCCUUAAGCACAUCCCCAAGGACAAGGUCAACUUUGAUGUCAAGGUUGUCAACGACGAUGUUCUCCGGCCUGAACUGCUCAAUCUCGACUGUGGUGCCGAUUUCGUCAAGACGAAGCAGAGGGCCCCUCCCAACCCUAAACCCCAGCCCGGGCUCAGAUCCUGCUCACUUGACGGUGACGCUGACCGGUUGAUCUACUACUGGCAGGAUCCUGAGGGCGGUUUCGUCAUGUUGGACGGCGACCGUAUCUCGUCGCUCGCCGCUUCCUUCAUCGGUGACCUCGUCGAGAGCGCCGGUCUCAAGGACGAUCUGCGUAUUGGCGUCGUGCAGACUGCCUAUGCCAACGGCGCCAGCACAAACUACAUCACCCAGCACCUAAAGUUGCCCGUCAUCUGCACUCCGACUGGCGUGAAGCACCUCCACCACGUGGCUCAGGGCUUUGAUAUUGGAGUGUAUUUUGAGGCCAACGGUCACGGCACGGUUCUCUUCUCCCCGGACGCCCUCACCGCCUUCAAGACCAAGGAGCCGCAAUCCCCCGCCCAAAAGGACGCGCUCGAUACUCUAGCUGCCCUGGGUGAUCUGAUCAACCAGACGGUCGGCGACGCCAUCUCAGACGCGCUCAUGGUCGAGGUAAUCCUAGCUCACAAGAACUGGACGCUCCGCGACUGGGCCAUGACGUAUGCCGACCUCCCCAACCGGCUCGUGCGCGUCGAGGUGGGCAACAAGGACUUGUUCCAGACGACCGAUGCCGAGCGGCGCCUGUCGGCCCCGGAGGGCGCACAAGACGAGAUCGACCAGGCGGUCAAGAAGUACAAGGACGCGCGCUCCUUCGCCCGCGCCAGCGGCACCGAGAACGCUUGCCGCGUCUAUGCCGAGGCCGCCAGCCGUUCCGAGGCCAACGAGCUUGCCGAGCGCCCGGACCCCAUCCCAGCCACCACCAUCACCACCCUCUCCGCGCUCCACGUCGACUUGCACAUCGAGGGCAGCCCACGCCCCAUCCACGCCCAAGACCGCAACCUCAACCGCAACCGCAGCGUCUCGUUGUUCUCCCCGCUGCGGCCUUCCCCACGCCACCAACACCACCCGCACCACUUGCGGUUUGACCCGCUCGGCAGAUACACCACUACUACCACUGCAGAUAAUUUUGUGUUUGAGAUGGAGGAGGACAUCCAGGAGAGGGAGCGCCUGCGCCUGGCCGGCGGCGUGCCCAAGUACAUCAGCCCCGGCAGCAGCGGGGAGGUGUCGCCGGACCUGGCCUCCACGCCGUCCGAUUCGAUACUGGGGGCCUGGCAUUCGAAGCUGGGGGAGGAGACACCGAAACUUGGGGAUGCUGAGGAAAGGGAGGAAAAUGGGACGGGGGAGGUGUUGUUGGUGGCGAGUUAG